GAGCAAAGUGUUGCUCAGCUGGGGCCAAGCCAAUGCUCGUGCUCAGGUGCAGUUGGAGACGAACUCAGGUGAAACAUUUAUUGGAUUGUCAUUCAACCUGGGCUUCAAGCUGCGCUGGGGUGAAACAGAGGAUGUCAUCGUCUCAUCCCGUGGCAGCAGUGUGCCAGGUGACUGCCACGCCUGACAAGGAGGCUAACUUCGCCGCCUGCAAGCGGUUGGUACAAGCAGCAAAGGAGAGCGGGGCCAGCAUGGUUUUCCUCCCUGAAGGGUUUGACUAUAUUGGCUCUAGUCGAGAGGAGACCCUAGAUCUAUCUGAGGACCUGACAGGACAGACAAUCUCACGCUACGCCCAGCUAGCCAAGAAGCUGGGUGUGUGGCUGUCUCUUGGAGGAUUUCAUGAAAGAGGACAUGAUUGGGUGAUGGACAGGCGAAUCUAUAAUAGCCACAUCAUCAUAAAUGAGAAGGGUGAUAUAGUGACUGUAUAUAGGAAGUCCCACUUGUUUGAUGUGGAGUUGCCAGCAAGGGGUGUAUCCCUAAAAGAGAGUGGCUUCACCAUACCUGGACCUAGCCUCAUACCUCCUGUCCAUACACCCAUUGGCAAGGUGGGACUAGGUAUCUGUUAUGACCUGAGGUUCCCUGAGCUGUCAUUGGCUCUGGUGCGACAGGGAGCAGAGAUCCUGACCUACCCAUCAGCCUUCACUGUUGCCACAGGAGCUGCACAUUGGGAGGUGUUGCUCCGGGCCAGGGCUAUUGAGACCCAGUGCUUUGUCCUUGCGGCAGCACAAGUGGGCAGUCAUCAUGAAAAGCGUUCGUCGUACGGCCAUGCACUGGCUGUGGACCCCUGGGGCGUGGUGAUGGGGGAUUGUGGAGGGGAGAACCCCAGCAUGUCUCUGGUGGAGGUCGACAUGGAGAAGCUUAGAGACACAAGGAGGAACAUGCCUGUGCAGCAACACCGCAGAGAUACUAGUUUUUAUUACAGUCUGGGUGGAAAGGACUGAGAUUAAAAGCUAUCACCCCACCAUCUGUAUAAGCAAGGACAAAUGCAUCAAUCAUGUCAUUUAUAACCCACAAGGGAAAGUGCACAUUUCACUGAUAAAUUGGGACGUAGGCCAGUUUAUAACUGGAAAAAGCUGGAGUAACAGAUUUUACUCUUUAAUCUGUUUCUUUUACACCUGUUAUAUGAAGUUACUAGGUGAAAGUUGCUAUUCUUUAUACCACCAGUAGAUGGUGGUAUUGGUAUGAAUAUUUUUCUCUUUUAUUUUACAGCAAUCAGUAGCCACGUAUUAUUAAUGCGUUAAUCAAAUAGAUUACCAUAUUUUGGAAUUGUGAUGUACUUUAUUCUUUAUGGACUUGAGUCCGUUCAAAUAGGAUCAGUAAUUCUUGUUGCUACCAUUCAGCCAUGACCCAGUCCAGGCAGAUGAGAACAAUUGUUCUCUAACAACCUGUUUCAAAAGUCCGUGGACAAGUACACAUGUUACUGUUAUUUUUCGAUAAAAAUGUAUCUCAUAAAAAUAAACUCAGGUUGCGAUCUUAUAGUACAUGACUGAAAUAACGGAAUCUACACCCCCAUUCAACUUAAUUUGUUUUUGUGUGUUUGCCAGACUUAUUAUAAAAGACGAGGACUGACACAUAUAUUAAGUAUGUAAGGAAAACAACCAUCGUUUGCUGAAAUCUCAUGUUAUUUACUACAAAUGUAAACAAUUGGGAUCUCAUGAUUGGCCAUCCAGUCACAGUGACAUAUGGUUGUAUUUUCUGUUGUUUAAUUGCAUUCAAUAAAAUAUAUUGCAUCCAA